GUGCGAGUGUAGCUUAAUGCGAUGCUCCCAGCAUAGUAGAGCAUUGUAUAUUAUAGCAACAUUAGCAACAGAGGCAGUCAGAGCAGAUGCUUUAUAUACUUUCUAGAGCAGUUCCGCAAAGGACUGUUCCAGACAAAGCAGUCGAGGCCGAAGGUUCGAAUUUCGAUCUGUCGGGGGGGUGGAUGCAAGGUCCUGCAACAGCUGUGCCGUUUGGUAAUUCACAAUCGAAAUCUGCGUGAAAACUGUAUUAAGCGGUGUGAAGUUAUCGUUGUAUUGGUCCUCGAUUGUCUCGCGUAGCUGAUCGAAUUAAAAUUCGUGGUCAGCGAAACGUAACUCUUGCAUCACUUGAGGCACAGCGUAGCAGAAGACAGUGGAAAAACCGUUGGUGGUCUGUAGCCGUUAAAUGGAAGACUAACGUAACCUAGACUGAUAGCGUCCUUAUUGGAGUUAUCAAGAACAGAUCUGCUACAAUUCGAAGGUCCGCCGCUAUUCAAAGAAUAUUAUGCAAAGUUUUGAUACGUGUGAGAGAAUAUAAAAUAGUUUGUCUAAGAAUAUAUUGAGUUAAAAAAUGGACCCUGCAACAGCCAUAGCUCGCUCUAAAGAAAAUAUACAGCCUUUGCGUUAUGGAAGAAAUGCUGCACAAUUGGGAACCGCGUUAAGAGCACAAGAGGACACUGAUGUUCAGCAAUUACUUUUACAAGAAAGGCAAAUGUAUGAAGCUGCGAUAAAAAAUUACGAAGGCGAUGAUCCUUUAGAAAAUUGGUACGAAUAUAUACUUUGGAUGGAGCAGAGUUGCCCGAAAAGUGGACACGAGUCCCAUAUCGCUAAACUUUUGCAGCAAUGCUUGGCUAUAUUCGAAAAGGAAGUAAAAUAUCAUCAAGACCGUAGAUACAUACGUCUCUGGAUUAAUUACAUAAGUAUGCAAAAGAACCCGUUAGAGCUGUAUCAACUUUUAUACAACAAUGGAAUAGGGACUAUGGUGGCGGAUACGUACAGAGCAUGGGCUUUUGAAUUAGAACAGAUAGAGGACUACAAACGCGCGGAUAAAGUUUAUUUGAUGGGCUUGGCAUGCAAAGCGGAACCCCUGGAAGAACUGGACUACGCCCACAAGAACUUUCAACUCGCGAUUGCGCGUAAAACGCUAGGACAUUUGGAGGAUCGUACCGAAAGAUCGCUUCUCGAGCAACGUCAAGCAUUUAGCUCUUUGAAAGCGAUUAAAGCUGGCAAGAAAGUUAGCAGCGUACGUACCGGGCAUCGAGUACGCGAAUAUUUCCCCGGUACUGUUCUGCAAGUUUCGACAGCGAUUCAUAACGCCGCAUUAAAUCCCAGGAUACAGAUAUAUCAGGAAGAUCUUCCCUGCGAAAUGAAAAGUUCCAGUAUACUGGACCAUGUUCCAAUAGAGGAUACGAUACAUAAAGAAAAUACUAUUAAACCCGGUCCGUGGAAUGGCGGCGGAAGUAAACGAUGUCCCUUAAUGACAUCCGUUACAAAGCCAGCUUUCAAAGUUCACGAGGAUCAGCCAGAUGACUAUAACACAGGCAAAGUAAGAUUAUUCCCAAAUCAUACAUUUUUUUUUGACGGCAGUAAUUAUCCCGGGUGUUCAACAGUGCCUGUGUUUGUUCCCGACGUUCCAAUCCCAAGUAUUAUAUUAAGACCGCAUUACCCGAAAGAUUUAGUGUACGCCAACAAUAUGGAUUUAAGCAUGGAAGAAAUAAGGGCCCAACGAUAUUUGCAAAGACCGCAAGUUUUAGAGAAAACGCAAGACAUAAGAGAGACGGAGCAACAAAUUCAACAAACGGAACCUCAGAGGCACAGUAUGUCUCUGCAAGAACUGCUCAGGCAGCGACAAGAGUACAAGCAUCAAGAGGAGCUAACAGAGAGGCAUAGAAAAGUGCAACAACAAAGGGAGGUCGAACAAUUUGAAUUAGAUAGACAAAGACUUCAGAUCGAGCAAGAGAAACUACAGAGACAGCAGUACGAGGCUGAGAAUUUAGUUCUGGAGAGCCAGAGGCGCGAGGCGGAGCAACGGGAAUUAGAGAGAUUAGAAGCGGAGAGGAUCGAGACUCAGAGGCUCGAAGCGGAGAGACUCGAGGCUCAAAGACUCGAAGUGCAGAGAAUGGAGGCGGAAUUAAACUUGCAACAAAAGUUACAAGUCUCCAGUUUUAUGCACCAACAUCACACGUCAUCAUUGACCGCUGAUCCCGAGGAGCAUUUACUCGGGCAAAGUCUUACCGUUAACACGAAAGAGGCGAUGUCGGUCGUGCAAGAUAUGUGGCGUUCGCCAGAAGCGGUGCACACCACUUCCAACUUUCGUAGCUCCAUGACGCCUAGAAUUCCCGAUUCGAAAAUUUUAAAAAUGUGUUUCGACAUACACAUGGACAGUUCAAUGACACAACACGCAAUGUCGAGUAGUAAACACCAUUCGGGAUAUAACGUGCAGCCGUACAACGACCAGGAGAAUCAUCAGAACUAUUCCACCCAUCAAAGCUAUCCGAAUCAAGAGCAUCCUAGCUCUUACGGUACUCCUGGAUUGCACACCACGUACCAAUACGAAUUGCAGCAUCACGAGCAGCAAGUGGAACAGUCCCAUUCUCGGCAUCAUCAGCAGCUGAUACAAACGCAUCAGUCGCCUCACGUGAUGACGCACCAUCAGUCUCUCACUCAUCCGUCGCAUCUGCAAUCUCACAGUCAGAUUCAGCAUCACCAGACUCAUCCUCAGCAACACCAAUCGUCCCCCAAUCAACACCUCCAUCAUCAACCGGCGCAUCAACACAUGCAACACUUGCAGCACACUGUUUACAGCAGCAUAACUCCAAACGAUAUCGCUUACCAACAAUAUCCCGCGCAGUUGGAGUCCACGUUGUUGCAGCAAAACGUAGAACCUGCUAAACAGCUUCAUUAUCCAGCAUUUACAGAGCCCGACAUCGAGACCAACAAACCGUACAGAAUGCCACCCGAGUUACCGUAUAUAAAGUCCCCGGGUAUGAAUCGCAGAGACAUCAAGUAUCUCGAAGGCGCCGAGGACAAAGAAAACGCCAUUGUCGUUGACUACAACGGAUCGAUGGAGGAGAAUAUGACAUCAAAGCCGGUCGAUGAAAAUAAUUUAUACAUCGACGAAAGUCUUGGUAUCACGCCAUUAUCGGGCAACAACGACACGUGCUUCACCGACGCGUUUAACACGCAGCAAUUGACCAGCUCCACGCCCAUGACCACUCAUUUUAGACAAUCUUACAAACCACGGGAGGAGACUCCACAGUAUUCGAACCAAUGCACUCCGCCCCCGCACAACGCCGAGGCGCCUCUUGUCGAAGGCGAGGAAAAAUUGAGCGUCAUACUGGAAUCGACCAGAGAGUAUAUUUCGAGCAGUUCCGGCAGCAGCACUCACAUAAGAACCGCUCCAUUGGCUUUCACGUUAACCAAAGAAGAUUUGAUUCCUAUAAAAGAACACAGCCAAUGUGAAAGCGAAGAAACCACCGAUGGUACGCUGCACGUGAAUCAACUUUACGAUCAGAACCUUCAGGCUCAGAUUCAAGCUGUUCACGCUCAAAGCCCGCGCACGGUGCAACGCAACGUGGAUCAGAUUACAUCGGAAAUAAAGAAGAACUGCGAUCUACGGAAGUCGAUUAAUUUUAAACUUAAUGAGAUAGAGGAACAGGAGAAGGUUGAUUCGAUGGAGUGCGAGGAGCACCACGAGCCGAUGGAACAAGCAGAGGAAGAGAGUUUUCAGUUCCCUUCGGGGGAUAUAAAUCCUUUUGACAAAAAUUUAAUCGCUGGUCUUUUAAAGAAAAUUAAAUUCCCCCAGCCGCAUCAUGCGGAAGGAUAUGUGAGACUAGAUACUAAUUUAAAUAAGCUUGUGCCUUCUACUGUGGUUACGCUUGGUAAUGAAACGUACGAUUUGGAUAAGUGCCUUGGAAAGGGAAUGUAUGGUACAGUAUUCAAAGCAACGAGUUUGCAAACGAGUCAAACGGUUGCCCUGAAAACUCAGAAGCCUGCUUGGGUUUGGGAAUUUUAUAUCACUAGGGAGAUAAAAGCUCGUUUAACUAAUCCGCACGUGUUGCGUGGAUUUAUGGAUGUCUCGAUGGUAUAUGUUGCGAAUAAUAGCAGCGUGCUAGUGUCGGAGUAUUCCAAAUUUGGAACAUUGUUAUCGGUAACGAAUCAGAUUAAGAUUGCCACGGGUAAACCGUUGGUGGAGCAGUUAGCUAUAUUCUUCACGAUCGAAAUGUUGCAAAUUGUGGAGUACUUGCAUAAAUGCCAAAUAAUACACGGGGACAUAAAACCGGACAAUUUUCUAUUGAUGCGUUUACCUACGGAAGAUGUGAGGCCAACGAUACAGUUGAUAGAUUUCGGAUGUAGCAUAGAUAUGAGUCUUUUGCCAGAGAAGACGACGUUUACUCAGGUCAUAAAGACGGAAGAUUUUACGUGUAUCGAGAUGCAAACUGGUAGACCGUGGACGUACCAGACCGAUUUAUAUUGUUUAGCAGCGACGAGCCAUUGUUUGCUGUUUGGUAAUUACAUGAGAGUCUCGAAUGUCGGCGGUCGCUGGUUCAUCACCACAAAGUUACCAAGGUACAUAAAGAGACCCGUUUGGGAGAAAUUCUUCACGGAGCUAUUAAAUAUCGAAUCCUGCGAUAAAAUGCCGGAUUUAUCGAAACUGCGCAACAUGAUGGAAGAAACAUUGGCGCAGAUGGACGCGCAGACAAAAAUUAGAAACUUUGUCAAUAUCUUGAACAAACGAUAACACUUACUCAACGCGUUAUAUCGAAUGUUACGUCUCAUUGUGUGCACAUAUUUAGUAAAGAACCAGGAGGUGGGAAGAAGAAUGCGGAUGAUUGAUGUUAUUGUGCUAUUUAUUAUAAAAGUUAAUACUACAGUGAUAUAUGUACUACACAGUUAAUAACACAUGAAAUGCACUUUAUGGCCUGCUUCGUGGAGGCUUUAUGAACUAUAUUGCUUGCACAUAAUCAAUUAUACUAGGAGUAUUGAAUAUUUGAUUCGAUUAAAAAGUGGGAAAAAAUCGAGUAAAAAAAAAAAAAGAAUAAGGAAAACUUUUAUAUUACUGACAUUUUACGCUCCAUAAGUUAUAAAAAUGUCUUUCAAGAUACCUCGUGACACAGUACCUGGAUGUUAGCAUCUGUCACGUAAAUUAUGUAAAGGCAGAUUUGUAUAAUAAAGUUGAGUAAAAAGAAAAGAAAGAAAAACAAGACUUCAAGAACACGAAUAUGUAAAA